GUUCCUUUGUUCCUCAUUCUGUGCGCACAAGGCCGACAAGAUAUCCACUAUCAUAGUCUAUCGUCCUCUUCAUGGCGGACAUGUGCUCUAAGUACUUGCACGUUCAAAGUAGUGUUCCGCCACCGGUUUGGCACGAUUAAGCCAUUUACGUGGCAUCUGCCGCUGUCAGCGCCAUUUGCAUGAUGCGAGCAGGUCUUCCCAAUUCUCAGCGAACACUAGUGUAUGGAAGCAUCAGAAUGUCGACUAACAGUUUCCCAUGCUCUCAGCUAGCCCCAGAGCUCGUUAAAACGGGGGUCCAUGCUGUCGGAUCGCCAGCACUCUCAUUAAGGCGCGGAUAGCUGAAAGAUAUCCGAGGCUUCCGAUUUACUCAGCUUCACUAUGGCCCUUCUGUCCGACGCGACAACUUUGACUUUCGUUUCUUCUCUGGGUGUAUAUGGUAUCUAUAAACGCUAUGAGCCUGCUGGUGUCUUAUCGGCUCUUGUACUUCUAUUCGCUGUUCCGGGGUACAUAGCGUCGCAGGCUCGUUCGCAAUUCUCGUACGCCAUCGUGGCAUACUUGACCACAUUCGUUUCAUUCUACGCUCUCCUUAUUGCUUACACUAUCGGAUACCGCCUGUCCCCCUUUCACCCCCUCGCGAAAUAUCCCGGACCCGUUGCUUGCAAGGUUUCGAAAUUCUGGAUCGCCUACGUCGCCUCUCGCGGAAAGACCCACAAGUACAUCUGUGAUUUGCAUAACCAGUAUGGUGACGUUGUUCGUACUGGUCCGAAUGAGCUUUCAUUCCGCCAUGAAGACACCAUUAUGGCUGUCUUCGCUAACAAGGAAGUCAAGAAGGGACCAUAUUACGACUGCCGUUAUCAGAAGGGUGUGACACCCUUGGACGGUAUCAAGGAUUUCCAUGAGCACGCUGGGAGGCGUAAACUCUGGAACCGAGCUUUCAGUAUGGCAGCCGCCAAGGAGCAUGUCGAUGAUCUCCAAACUGCCGUCAGCGAACUGUUGCAAGAACUGGAGAAGAGACAGGGCGACGUUGUUGACAUUUCUCAAUGGAUUUCCUUCAUCGCCUUCGAUUUCAUGGGUUCCCUUGUGUUUGGUAACCCAUUCGGCAUGGUCAAAGCUGGUAAAGACACCGCAGGACUUGCCGAAAUUAUCGACACGUUAGCCUACGUCUCGAACGUCAUGUCGCACAUUCCCUGGGUCUGGCCUUUCCUUACUCAGAUCCCCGGCGGUGACGCACCUCUUGAAGUUGCUCGCACGGCUUGCAAGAACUUGGUUGCCAAGCGUGUCAAGUCGACUAACACUAACAAACGUGACCUCUACCACUACCUUCUCGAUGAAGAUGGCCUUGAGCCCGUCAAACCCAGUGAGAAGCAAGCCUUGAUGGAGGGAGCGACAGCGAUCAGUGCCGGAUCCGACACCACUGCUACGAUGAUGGUUCACACGCUGUUCUUCCUCAUGCAGAACCCGGAUAUGUCGAAAAGGCUCCAGUCUGAACUCGACAACGUGUACUCCGCAGGUGGAGAGGCCCCAGACUACACCAAGCAUGUUGAAUUGCCAUAUCUGAACGCCUGCAUCAACGAGACCAUGCGUCUGUAUCCAGCGGCUUUAGCUGCUCUUCAGCGCCGAGUUGACGUAGGAUCCGGUGGUAAGAUGCUUGGACCAUUCUUCGUGCCUGAAGGAACCCAGGUAUCGGCCCAUCUUUACACCAUGCAUCGCGAUCCGCGCUACUUCUACCCCCUCCCCGACACCUACUGGCCGGACCGCUGGCUCACUCAAGAGUCUUACAUUCUUCCAUCCGGCGAAUCCAUUUCCUCUUCUGACCUUAUCGUCAACAAAACCGUCUACCAACCCUUCUCUUAUGGGCAACAGAACUGUGCUGGCAAAGUCGUUGCGAACAUGGAAAUGCGUGCCGUAUUGAGUGCGUUGUUGCACAAGUUCGACAUCAAGCCUGCGCGCGGGUUCAAGUUGCAGGAGUACGAGGAUUCUAUUUGUGAUGUCUAUAUCACCUAUCGCGGAGCGUUGCCUGUAACGCUCCAUGCGCGUCGUUGAAGGGAAAUUCUUUGUACUGUUAGUGAUACCACAACACUGUACAUAGCCUCAUACCCUUCGAUACCUCUUGGGCAAUAGUAAAUCAAUCAUUGAAAAUGUUUGGCAG